CUGCACAUCCAUUCACAGCUGAAACGAUGAAAUCCAACAACAUCUAUGUGCACCUCAAACUCCUUAGUCUAGUUCUGCUUGUCUUCAUUGAGCUGACUGUUGGAGCUGAACAGGAGGUGCCAGUGAUCGUUGGAAAUGUUGCCUCACUUAGUUGCAUAAUCACAGAGCAACUUCCAUUUGACCGUCCUGUGAGCUGGUAUUGGACACCACGAUACCCAGAAUGCAGCGGUUCUAAUGGUGGGAAAGUUCUGGACAUUUAUCCCGAUGGGCGAGCCAUAUUUGAGGAAGAGUUCAAAGGGCGAGUACUUGUAUAUCGAUCAAAAAUAAAGAAGGGUGAUUAUUCAAUCACACUAAGGGGAUUGAAGAUACCAGAUUCAGGAGAGUUCACCUGCACCCAUGAUUACCUUUCUGAAGAGAAGAAAGUGAGGCUUGUUGUAAAGCCAGGUUGUUGGUCAAAUCUCCAACUUACAGUGAACCCACCUGUCGUGUCAAUUGGAGAUAAAGUUACUCUAACGUGCACUUACUGUGGACCGAAAGUGCUGACUCCCCGAAUAAAAUGGCUUUAUGAUGGAUUGUCUAUAUCGGACACUGGGGUUGUAAGCAUCAGCAACGACGGCCAGUCUCUUGUUAUUUCUCGUGUGGAUCAGGAGCACCGAAAGAAGUAUGGAUGUAGUUUGGCCAAAAAAGAAUCAAUAAUAUCUGAAAUAUGCCUGGACAUAGACCUUGAUUUUCUUGAUACCACAAUGCUUACUGGAGAUUAUGAUUACCCAGCCAGUACAUCUGUUCCUUUUAUUACUUCUGAAUCAACAACUACAUUGACCACCCAAGAAACCAGCACACAAGUGAUAACAACAUACGAGACCACAAAUGCCUCACAGAUGAUGUGGAAUGAUGUAGAAUGGAUGCAGGACACAUCCCCUGUGACCACUAGUCUGAGAACUGAAAGUUAUCCGAACACAAUACAAUCGACAAUAAAAACAGAGGAAACUUCUGAUCCGUGGAAUGAAGAUGUGAAUCAAGGUCAGCUGGGGUCAGCUGGAAGAGACUGUCCUGUUGUGGUAACAAACGGUGGUCCAAGUCACCUUCCCACGUAUAUGUGCAUCGUCCUUAGUGGAAUUCUGCUACUUUUAAUUAUCACACUCAUUAUCAAGCGCUUCAAAGGACACUGCAAACGUGGAUCCCAUGACCUGGAACACAAUGCAAGUGAUCUAGUCAACCAUGAUUCCUCAGGAGAUGGAAAGCCACCUGAUACCCAAGAUCAAUGCCUGGUACAGACAGAAAGUGAAAAUGGUGUCACUGGGAAUGCUGCAGAUGACAUUCAUGGAGAAAUGAACAGAUCAAAAGAUGAAGAUGAAGAUUUAACAGAAGCAGAGGUGAAAGAAGUUGAUAUCGGUGACUCCAGUCAUACAAAUGAAUCAGAAGAUGUGAACUCUCAAGAUGAAGACCAGGAAUGAAUGAAUUUGACAUCUCUGCCUCAAGUUUACUUUGAUCCCUCAGAGAUAGAGCAGUUUGUGUUAAUGUAGUCCCAGUGCUAUGCUUGCUGACAAACAUCCAAUGAGCAUGAUUCACAGGAUCUGUUAAGUCAACUAAAUGCAUCCUUUAUUCUCUACGUAAUUUUAACUAUUCUAAUUUUUAAUGAAACAUAAACAUUGCUCCUUUUAUGAUUUUGCUGUUAUAGAUGCAUGGGACCUUUAAAAUGCACUAUUUUUAUAAUA